UUUUCGUUCACAUGUACCAAUAUACCAUCCUGAUGGAAAAACGAAGUGGGAUUACCUUGCUGCUGUUGCUGUGUCAACAUGCAUGUUUCCUCUCUGCAAGUAAUCCAAUAAAACAAACAGUGGCCUGUGAAGGACAAUCUGCAUCCCUCAGUUGUGACACGGGAUUCAUACAUGUCAGUGAUGCCAACUAUGGAAGGAAUGAUGGCAGUUUAUGCUCUGCUGGACAACGACGUGAGUGGCUCACAAAUGUUCACUGCUUCCAAAAAACAUCCCUCCAAACGAUGACCACAAGGUAGGAU